UGUUAAAAACUUAGAACACAACUAAUUAAAGCUAGGAAUAUACCAUUUACAAGGGACCUCUCAUUGUCCCAACGAACUAGCACCGCACUCUAAGCAUGCGGCUCAUGUGAGAACACAACAGUAUGAUUCGUGGCUAAGCUAGCUAACCAAGUAAGCAACCCGCAAAAGCAUUUAAUCCAAUCUUCUUUUGCCGCGUGGAAUGCUCUGGUCUCAAGAUAGAAAGAAACGGCGGCCGCCCCAUUGGUCACAAACCUCCAACAUGGUGCUGUUAAGAAGCAUUCUUUUUCCUUUUUGCAUUAAAGCCAAACCUUUACCAAACUAAAGAGUAAAGCCUCAAAUUUUGUAUAUAAAUGCUUGGUACCCAACUCGCCGAACUAUUCGACUCUCCAAACUGAAACUCAAUUUUCACAUUCCUUUCCAAGCUUUUCCACCUCUCAAAUGGAUUGGACCCGCGGUAGAACCAUUGGCCGCGGCUCCACUGCCACCGUUUGUGUCGCCACUGUUGACCAAUCCCGUGUAUUUGCUGUUAAGUCCUCUGAGCUUUCGCUGUCAGAAUCUCUCAGAAAGGAACAGAGGAUUCUGUCUACGUUAAGCUGCCCUCAUGUCGUAGGAUAUAAAGGGUGUGACAUUUCAUCCGAGAAUGGUAAACUUCUAUACAAUCUUUUCCUGGAAUAUGCCCCUAGAGGCACCGUCAUGGAUGCAAUCCAAAAGCACGGUGGUUACCUUGAGGAGGCCACGGUUCGAUCGUACACUCGUGGGAUUUUACUUGGCCUUGAAUUCCUGCACUAUCGAGGGAUAGUGCAUUGUGACAUCAAGGGCCAGAAUGUUUUGGUUACAGAUGACGGGGUGAAAAUCGCUGACUUGGGUUGCGCUAGGCGAGCUGAUGAGGCGUCGAGUGCCUCUUGGUCCAUUGCUGGUACCCCUGUUUACAUGGCGCCAGAGGUGGCACGCGGCGAGCAACAAGGGUGCUCGGCUGACGUGUGGGCACUUGGGUGUACGGUCAUCGAGAUGGCCGCCGGACGAUCACCAUGGCCUGACGUCAGUGAUCCUGUUUCUGCAUUGUACAGGAUCGGAUUCUCGAGUGAUGUGCCGGAAAUACCAACCAACAUUUCGAAUCAGGCACAGGAUUUCUUAAGCAAGUGUUUGAGGAGAGACCCCGCCGACAGAUGGUCGGCAACACAACUUCUUUCACACGAUUUUGUAGCAGAAUCGAAGUUCCCGGUGAAGGAAACUGACGGUUCUAAAUCGGAGACACCCAACAACGUAUUGCAUCCAAACAUAUGGGAUUCCAUGGAAGAGUUAGAGACAGUUCAUAUUCCUUCCAACAAGCCUAUCAUGGAAAGGCUACGACAAUUGGGUGAAGACAAUCUUGUUUUGUCUUCAAAAAUACCCAACUGGGAAUGCGAUGAAAAUUGGCUGACAGUGAGAAGCAAUAGCAAUUUGGAAGUAGAAAAACUGCCUAGCACUAGCAGACAGGACAGUAACCUUUUACGUGCCGAUGAACCCACAAGCAGUUGUGGAGGAUACACGAGUAGGACGAGCGAGGAUUUUGAGAUACUCGUUGAUUGCUUUCUCACAAAGAUUAGGAGGCAAAAUACUAGGAUCACUAACAGUGAUAGUGUUGAGAGUAGGAGUAAAACGGGUUCUUUUGCAGCUAGUAGAUAUAUGAUUUACAUCUUAUGUAUAAAUUUAAAUUACUCUAAUAAUAAUUAUUUUAUUAAUCCGAUUUUUACUGCUUUUCGGUCUCUUUUAAUGAAUUUGAGUUUUAUAAGUAUGUUCGAAGAAAGUAACUGAAACAGACAAUAAAUCCAAGAUUUUGAGAACUUAUAAAUU